AUGGACAAAAUUUUCUACUACACCUGCCUGAAGCAUAUAUCUCCUACCUUCUCAUCCGCCAUGAGCAUAGACGAGCUUCUUACGCGCGCUGUGGUUUAUGUUGGAUGGUAUCAGACCCCGAUGGAUCUGAAUAAGGUGAUAUACCGGGCGAAGGUGGUCGGAACUCUAGUCACCGUUGCUGGCCCCAUGUUGAUGCUCCUGGUAGCUCUUCUUCACCUCGUCAUGGGUGGUCACGGCGAGUUCAUGCGGAGGGCAAUGCCCUACCUUACCAUGAUCACCCUGCAGUUCGGCUAUGCCGGAAAGCAUAUCCUCUCGAACGCGUCGCGCCGCAGUGGGGGAAGCCAAUACGUUAUUAUCCUCUACAGUCAUGCUUUUGCCACGCUAUCCAUGGCUCCUUUAGCAUUCAUUAUAGAAGGGAAGGUGCAGCCUAAGAUGACCAAGUGGGUGUUCUUAAGGAUAUUUGUGUUGGGACUUCUUGGCUCAGUAUUUCUCAGGCCUGUCAUGGACCAAAUCUUCUACCACGCCGGCCUGAAGCAUACAUCUGUUAUCUUCUCAUCCGCCAUGAGCAGCAUCUCGCCGGCCAUGACCUUCGUUGUGGCCGUGCUUAGCGGGAUGGAGAAGGUGGAUCUGAAGAAGGUGAUACACCAGGCGAAGGUGGUCGGGACUCUGGCCACCGUUGCCGGCGCCAUGUUGAUGGCACUCUACAAAGGACCUCCAGUGGAGCUGGUUUGGAGCAAGCAUGCCCAUUCUCUUGGAUCCAACUCACCGGCCGUCACCGAUUCGAGCAGCAACAACUGGUUUAUGGGCUCCGGCUUCCACAUCUUAGCCACCUUAGCUUCGGCUUCUCUGUCUCUCCUUCAGGAGGAAACCCUAAAACAAUACUCUGCUCGGCUGUCUCUCUUGACAUUGAUAUACUUAGUGGGGACAUUGCAAGCUGCAGUAGUCACUUUCGUCUUGGAGCACAAGCCUGCUGUUUGGACCAUAGGCUUCGAUAUCAACUUCCUCGCUGCUGCUUACGCUGGAAUCGUCACAUCCAGCGUCGCAUACUAUGUUGAAGGGCGGGUGAUAGAGAAAAGAGGGGCUGUGUUUGCGUCAGCCUUCAACCCUCUUAGGAUGAUCAUAGUAGCCAUCAUGGGCGCGUCCUUCCUCAACGAAAAGAUCUAUCUCGGAGGCGUUCUUGGUGCGGUCCUCGUUGUUAUCGGCCUCUAUUACAUUCUUUGGGGAAACAACAUGGAAGAGUAG